CUCUGUAUACACUUCCGGUUAUGGUCUGUGGUUGCGCGACAGUCGUGAAUCGUAUUCGCGUCGCUUUACGAUUUCCAGUGUUUCCACGUUUCGUAUGUGCGCUCGAUUAAGAUGUCUAUGUUAUUUAACGGCGACAAUUCCGACUCUGACGGGGAGUUGAAAAUAAACGCGGAAUACGCCAACAUUUACGAUAACUUCCGUCAAAAGGAGGAAUUGCACAAACUGAAGGCAAGAUAUGGAGAGGAUGCUGCAUCUUCGGAGGACGAGUCGUCCAGUGACGAUUCGUCGGACGAUGAGGAUAUUAACAAUUCAGAAUUUGAUAAUCAGUUUCUCAUGGCGUUGGCUUAUUUGAAAUCUGACGAUCCAAGUAAAUUCGAUGAAAAGGUUCAGUUUUUUAAUAAUACCGAUAAACCUGGGACAUCAGAAAGUGCUGAAGCGGGAGGAAAGGAAAAGAAGAGAUCGAAGAAAGAGAAGCCCCUCUUUUUACGCGAUUAUGAACGUAAGAUAAUAUUAGAGAGAGACGGACGAUUUAGUAGCAGCGAAGAUGAAGAUGACGCAAGACAAGAUGCUAAAUCUAGAAUGCCCACUUACGUGCAGGAACAAAAAGAAUUGAAAGACAGUUUUAAAUGCGCUCUAAAAGAUGACGACGAAGAUGACAAUGAUCUCCUAAAGAUAAAACAAAAGACGGAGGAUGAGAAGCACAAAGAAGAAAAAUCGUACAAGGAGUGGUUAAAAGGUCAAGAAGUGGAGAUGGAUUGCAAGGAGAAGGAAAUGCUUAAACCGCUGCGUGAUUUUUGGUCGAAUCCUAAUUUAGACUCAAAUGAGAAAUUCUUGAGAGAUUACAUCUUAAAUAACAAAUAUAUGGAUAACGAAUCUUACGGCGGUGAUUUAGAGUACAAUCAUGUUAUUCAUGACAGCGAUGAAAAUUUGUCAGAAGAUGAGAGGACUAUCCAAAAGCAAGAGGAAUUUGAACAUAAAUACAAUUUUAGAUUCGAAGAGCCGGAUCAAGAAUUUAUCAAGAGGUAUCCACGAACAAUGGAAAAUUCAAUGAGAAAGAAAGAUACGCACAGGGCUCAGAAGAGAGCCACGGUUAAGCAAAGGAAAGAGGAAGAGAAGCAGCAAAAGAGAGAGGACCUGAAGCAAUUGAAGGCGUUAAAGCGAAAGGAAAUAGAAGAGAAAAUAGAAAAAUUGAAAGAGAUCACGGGAAAUGACGAUAUGCGCUUUGAUAGCGUUGAUUUCGAUUCCGAUUUCGAUCCAAAUGAACACGAUAGAAAGAUGAGAGAAAUCUUUAACGAUGAAUAUUAUACUGGCGGCCAAGACGAGAUGCAGAAACCAGAAUUCCCGGAGAUCGAUGAAGAAUUGGAUAUCGAGUCCAAGUGGGACACGUAUGAUCCAACAACGGAUAAAAUAGAAUCUACGCCUUACGACGAGCCUCAUUGUGAAGAUCCAGAUUUUAAUAUGGAUGCAGAAUAUGACGGAUCCCGAAAUCUGCAAACUGAACUCAUCGAAAAUACGAAGAAGAAAAAACGAAGGAGGCGCUCUAAAUUCGCUGAGCUUAUAACAAAGGAGAAGCCCAAGUUUGACCCGAAACAAUUUCCUUCGUAUGCAGAUUAUUUCGAUCAAUAUUACUCAUUGGAUUAUGAGGACCUGAUCGGAGACAUGCCAUGUAGAUUUAAAUAUCGGAAAGUGGUGCCAAACGAUUAUGGGUUAAGUGUGGAAGAGAUUUUAACGGCUGAUGAUAAAGAGUUAAAUAAAUGGUGUCCUUUAAGACAAGCUCUUAAACAUAAGCCAGAACAUGUAGAAAAGAAUGAGAUUCGAAUAUAUAAAGAAAAAGCAAUGAAUGAAGCACGUAAGAGGAAAAUUCUUAAGAGCUUAUAUACUGAACCAGAAGAAAAGGAAGAAGAAGAAAAGGAUAAGCUUGUCAACGAGCAAAUCGAAACCAGUAAUAAGAAACGUAGACGGAAGAAGAAAACUAAAGCCAACGAUCCUAAUGUAGAGUCUACAAAUACUGAUGUCGUUUCUAAGGAAGAAAGCAUGUAUACUACAAAGGAUGGUGUACAGAAUAAUUUGCAUAAUGAUGAUGACAGAAAGGAGGAUGUAAAAAAUAAGGAUGCGCAAGAGCAAAACACAAUAAAUAUGAGCAAGAAACGGAAACGAAAGAACAAAUUAAAAAAGGCUGAUAGCGACGAUCCGAUUUCAAAGAAAAUGAAGACCGAUAACGCAAUAAAGAAAGACUCUCAAAUGAAAGCGGCCGGUAAUAACAUUAAAAUAGAAAACAAUAAUGAAAAGGUGGUAGCUAUCAAGAAAUCUGCAGGCCAGAAGAAAAACAAGAACAGGAGCUCUCAAUUUAACCAAACAAAUACUGGAAAGCGCAAACAAGAUUAUGAUGAUCCAAUAUUAUCUUUGAAUGCAGAAAGAUUGAAGACAUACGGAAUAAAUGCUAAAAAAUUAAAAAAUAAGUUGAAAUACAGCCAUAAAAAAUUGUGAAUGUUAUUGUUCUGUAUUUUUAUGUUUGUAAAUAUAAUAAAUACAAAAUCAUAUCUGUAUAAUUUUAGGUUCUAUGUGACAUUUACGUACAUAUUUAUGUUAAUAUUUUUGCUUUCAUAGAUAUAAAAUGUAAAGUCUAAAAAUAUAUACCAUAUCUAAUUCUCAUAUGCGAUAUGAUUAAAUAUAAUGUACAUAUUUAGACUUGUAGAUUUUAUAUUUUAUGUUUAUCAAGUGGAAAAGA